CAUUACGAAAACACAAGCGCAUAAAUGUCUCUCCGCGAUAUUUUCUUGAGAAAUGACUUCGACAAAUGAUGGAAAAGACGUGAAUUGUAAACAGUCAAGUGGCCCAAAAGGCAAAUUAUAUUUUAUUGAACUUUACAAGUUCCUAGAUUGUCGGCUGAGCGGGGAGGGGGGCUUGCCGGAUCGCACGCAGCAUCUCUGCCAGGCGUGGCAGUGCAUCCACAGCCUGUGCCUGCAGAGUUCGCCCAAGCUCCACCUGCACCUGCUCGGCUGGCUGCAGACGCACACUGCACGGACUAUAUUACAUACGGAAUGGCAAACGCCAGACAUACUACCACAGCAUGCCAAGUUGGUCGAGGCGAUCGAUGUUCAUAUCAAAGAGAGCAAAGACGCGAUCGCGAAAAGAAAUGGAUCGGGUCUGUUUUGGGAAAUACAUUUGCUGAAGAGGGCGGAGUGGUUCAAGAAGGUUCUCUCCAAUCCUUGGGGACAUCCCAUCCUCAAGAGGCUUUCAAACCCCACAGAAGAAAAGCCCAGCGAUAAAGAAGUGAUAGAAUGGCUGAAGGAGGAGCGCAGCGAGAUGUUCUUGUCGCGGCUACGGCAACUGGCGAUGUCGAAGGCGUGCGCCGACAUCGCCGCCUCCCUCGCCACCGCAGUCAUGGACCGCGCACGAGCCUCCGCCGCUGCGCACGAACACGAUAAAGAUAAGAUGAAUAAAAGUGAACCAACAUUUGCGGAUACAUUGAGUAGGGAAGCCGGUUUUAAUUCAGAAGUUUGGGAUCUCCUCACAGAUUUGGAGUUUGUGCUUCUCUACCAAGGUGACAAUGCAUCGCGGUGCAUAGAAUUGGCGAAACAGCGUUCUCUGCGUAGCGGCUCCAAUCUAGUGGAGCGGAUGCUGGGCCGCGUGGACAAGGUGCCUCGCGAGAAGAAGCUGUGGAAGAACGCUAAGAAAGUUGCUAAACUGAUUGCACAGGUGACAAUAACACGGUGCAUGGUGUUACCAUCGUGUGCGGGCGUUGUGUACGACGCUCUGUACCGUUGCUCGCGCUCACUGGCAGCACUUCUCCCACCUGAGGCGUUACCGCGAGCUGCAAAUGCACUUGCCGCACCUGCAGCCACCGCUGCACAUCUUCACACAUUGGCUACAGCUGUUGCUGAGAAGUGCAAAGAUGAAAUGAAGGCAUUCGUAUGCGAGUUGUAUGUGCGUGCGAUAACUACCGGCAUGAACGAACUGGAGAGACUCAAACUAAAGACUGAAAAGGCGUCCGAAGCUAGAGCGACAGAACAAAUGUUGAGCACAUGGUUCACACAACUGGGCUCGUUGUUAUCAAAGAGUCCUCGUUUGAACUAUGAGUGCGCGCUCACAGCCUUCUCUGUCCACCCCUCACCGGCGAUGUACGAGCGUAUUGUUGCAGCACCCGCGUUACCACCACUUACUACUAAUACUGAAUCCACUGAAGCCUCGGCAGAUGCAAACUCAGAGUUUGGAAGUUGGGCUACGGACAGUCGGACGACGACUAACUUUGUGAAGACUUCAGAGACAUUAAAUAUUAAACAAAUACAAAAUAAUGCAAAUGUGUUAUCAACCGCUGUACUAACUGAGGGAGAGGCGAUUGGCUUGGGCACGGACUUGUGUCAAGACUUGGCUGUGCUUCUCUCCGGACCUAGACAUAAAAUACUCUCCUGGGACAUUAACAGGGAUGUCCUGUUGGAGAACUGCAGGACGUAUAUGGAGCGUACUGACGGGGGCACGCGCGCUCUCACCACUGAACUUAAAUAUCUCAAUUUGGACCCUCGCUCCUUUCAACAUUUACCAUUUGAAAAUGAUGAUGAAGAUAAUAUUUAUUACGGUAUCGAGAAAGGUUACGAACAUUUAGUAGAACAUGAAGAUGUUGAACCUGAAAAUCAAUGGCAACAAGUACUCUUUGACUCUGAGACGGAAGAUGCAAUAUCCAGUUGUAUGGAAGAUAUAGAUUCCUCCCCAGUUAGACGGAAAAAGAAAAAAUCGAAACGUAUAGAUACCACCGAUGAAGAAGUCGAUCCGCUUUCAUUAUCUGAUGAUCAACAGUACCAAAAGAAAAAAGAGAGACCACAUAGUAAAGAAAGGUUAAAAUCAAAGACAAAAGUAUCGAGCAAAAACAAAGAGAGCAAUGAAAAAUUGAUGUUAGAAAAGAAAGAACAGAAAGGUGAAAGGAAAGAACGAAAGAAGAAAGAUAAAACAAAUACAGUCUCUGAAACAUCUGUUCCUCUAUCAAGGCUUAUUGGUAUGAAAGUUGCGAGAGUUGAAAAUAUGUCGGAAAAACUAGAGAUGCAAAGUGAUGAACAAAAUCAAAACAGAAAAUUGUCUAUAACAUCACUCAACUCCGAUAAUAGUGACAAUAAUGUUGUAUUUGACGGCUUAUAUUCAAUGGAUGAUAUUUCUAGCCCAGAAAAAAGUAAUCGAAGUCUUCAAUCACUUGCCAAUAAAACGAUCAAGUUAAAUAUUGAUUUAGAUGAUGAUAACAAGCCUCUGUCUCAAGUGAUUAAUGAAGCAUCACUAAAUAACCAAAGUAAAAGGAAAGAAUUACUAAUUAAUUCAGUAAUAUCAUCGCAACAGACUAAUUAUACUAACUAUGAUAAGGGAUCUAGUAUUAUUAACUAUAAAGACAUUCCUGCCCAACAAGAUAAUACAGUCGUCAAGCAAAGUAUUAAAAAACUGGUAGAAUUCAGGAGAUUAAAGAGUGACAGUAACAUGCAACCAAACACCACAAGUCUAGUACAAAGCUCAAACGAAAGCUCACAUGCUCAAAGACGACAAGAAGAUAUUAAAGAACCAAGUUCUUCAUUGCAGCAGAAAACAGCAAUGAAUAAUGUAAAUAUAAAACAGUUUGAACAUAUGAGCCCUUCAACUAGUGAAGUAAGAAGUAUAUUGAACGGAAAUUCUGUAACAUCUAAUAGCUCAGAAAAGCUAUAUGUUGGCCGAAUUGUAUUUGGCUUGGCAAAAUAUACUAGCUCUUUGAAUGAACAGAAAUUAAAAGAAAGUGAUACUCAAAGUAAACUUAAAUCUCUUUCGCCUGCUCCGAAACCUGAAAGUAGAAAUGUUAAUGCCAAAACAUGCAGCAAACGACCCCCGGAUAAGGAAAAACGCAUUGCUCAGAAACAAGUUCUAGUUCGAAAUCAGCCACAAUGUGUGAAAGCCAAAAAUAUAAACGAGACCAAAACCGGUUUUAAUGAAUUCAUAAAAGAAUUACCUUCACAACAACAAUUUGACAAACUGAAAAAUACAAACGAAACAGAAACCAAUUACAAGAGUUCCGUAAAUGAAUUAAAGCCACAACAACAAUGUGACAAAUUGAAGAGUGCAAAUGAGACCAAAACUAGUUACAAAAGUUUUGUAGAUGAAUUAAAAGCAACCAUAAAUGCCGGUACGAUUGAAGAUGAAAUUUACAAGGAAUCUACAUUCCAAAAAGACAUAUCUUCAAGUAAAACAUUUUCUAUACCUAACCAAAGUAAGUUAAAAAUAAAUUCAGCUUUAACGACCCAAUGUGCCAAACCUAUUGUACACCAAAAGAUAAAUGAAGCACCUAACACAUUCGCUAGGCUUAAUUAUAUGCAUAAGAACAAGCAAAGUCAUGUGAGACCUAAAGCCACCAGCGCUAUUAAACAAAUGCAAGAAAAAAAGUUGACUACUGAAUUGGAUAAGCAAAUUAUUGAUUAUAAACUAGACAAAUUCAACUACCUCCAAACCAAAGAUUUAACAAUAUCGCGUGUGGGAACAGGAAUUCACAACAGACAGUUAAAAGAUACUCCAUCGAUAGUACAAAAAAGAGAAGUUCAUGCUCCAUUAAUAAGACAAAAGAGAGUUAUGAGUAACUCCUCUAAUUUGACGAGAGAUCAAUCUGGUACAUCUAACGUUAUAAAACCGGAUGAAAAAAAGAUUCCUAUCCAGAUGAAAACAGAUGCCACCGAGGAAACAACUGCAAUAACAAACGCUAAUAAAUAUCAAACUUACGUUGGAACAAUCGAAACAACAAAGUCGUCUAUGCUGAAGGAAAAGGACCAACAAGACAUACUACUACUAUUGCGACAACAGAAUAAGUUAAAUGCUCAAAGUCCUGUAAUAAAAACUGAAUUGAAAUUCAAACAUGUUGCUCAAAUAUCACCGCAAUGUAAAACUGAAAGUAGAAGUAAUAACAACAACGUUAUUUCUAAUCUUCGUGAUAUGGGUGGAACAGGUGUCCGGAGUUUAAUUGACUGCGAAAAUAAAAAUAAAUCACAUGAAAAUUGUGUCCAAAAGUGUGAGACCAAAACUAAUACAGUAAUAUUUUCAAGUGAUCAAACUCAUCCGUCGGUCAUUAAAAUGCCAGUAAGUGGAAGUAAAACGAUCAUCCAUUCGUCACAACCAGUGUCGAAGUCGGAAAGUUCUUGUGAAGUCUCUAAUACUAAGACACCUUUUAAAAGAGAGAGACAUACUCAGAAGAAAGUACCCUUAGAUGUCGAAACAAAAACAGACUGGAAAUUGGUUAUGGAAGAUCUUUUGAAACAUAAAACACCUAGCCGAGGUCCCAAUGCUCUAGAUAUAGCACUAAACAAAGAUUCAUUUAAAAAGCAUAUUGCUAAAAAGGAAAUUGAUAAUGAGAAGGCAGUGAAGAUAAGAAGAAACGAAAAGGUCUCUAAAAACUCAACCUCUCCUGGUAAUAAUGUCGUUAAUCAGAAAAUGAUUCCGUCAGAUUUUAUAUCAAGGACGACAGUUAGUGUUCCAGUAACAUUGGUUCCAACAGACUUGCCGAAAAAAAUAUGUAAGCAGGACGUUAAAAAGAAAGCAGAUACGUAUUACGUACCUAAAAUCUCGUUACCUGAUUUACCAAAGAAUACAUGUAAUGUUCUCAACAAUCAAGAUCCCUUCAUAUCUGGUCUACCGAAUUCAGAUUAUGAUAUCUUAGAAGAACUCAUGGAUGACGAUCUGCGCCAAGAAAUCGGCGAACUGAUUUCAGAUGAUGAAUCAAAUUAUGCAAAUAUAACAGACAAAAAAGAAAGUCAAUGCUCUGCUAUUGUCAAUCCUUUCCAAAAAAGAUUCUAUGAUAAUACACAGACGACAGUACGAACUCAAGAAAUGCAAAUCUGUGCACCAGUUCUCCACCAAGAUAAUGCUUUCGCAACAACCAAUAUAGCAAGAAAUGUUAUAAAUAAUAAUUUAGCACAGUUUCCACAAUCAUCUUCGUCGUCUCCUGCCUUUAGCAGUGGUGGUCAAGCUUAUUCAAAUACAGCAGUUGCCGGAACCAUAAAAUUGACUCGUACAAAUAAUAUUGUACAUAACAUUGAAUUUCCCAGUAUAAAAAUGAAUAAUACAAUUGCGUCAAAUAUAUCACAUGUUGUUGAAAACCAAAGUUUAUUACAUACGCCUUGUUCAAGCAAUGAUGUUUACCUAAAACGAGAAAAUAAUGUAGAUUCAAGAAAUGUUCUCUUUACUACAAUACCGCCAAGGGUUUCAUUACAAAAUGUUGUUGUUAUUGACUCGGAAACGGUUUACGAUCCAUAUAAUACCAUGCAAAUACAAGGAAAACAAAAUAUACAGGUUCGCAACACUAAUCCCAACAUGUAUGUAAAUGUAAAUAAUAUGCCAAAUAUUCCUUUUUUACCUACAACAACAUUUGAUGCCCAACCAGUAAUACCAGUUGUUUUCGACAAUACACUAACGCAAACUGGGACGCAAAAUAACAUACGACAUACGUUACCUAAUUCCAAUAUACAUCCUGUGGAAUAUUCUUGUAAACCAAACCUUACUAGUGCCGACCAAUCUACUCAAUUUAUAGAAAGUCGAGCAACAACAUCGAGCGAUAAUAAAAACCAAAUUACUCUAAAGAGCGUGUGUAGUUCUUCAGAUCUAGACUUAGAAAACAAUAAAGAUUUGAUCUUGAAUUAUGAAAGAAAAAAAUUACCUCAAGCACAGGUUGGUGAUAAAUUAUUAUAUACAAAAACAGACCACAAGUUUCCAAAAGUAAAACCCUUAGGUGACAUUGACACUAUGAUAGUAUUCUCCAAACAAAGUGAAAGACUAAAAGAAAAGCGCAUGGCAAUAAUAAAUAGAGAAGUAAGACAUUACACAAAUCUGCCCCCGAUACCUUUACAUUAUAUGUCAUUAAAUAAAGGAGAAGGCAAAAGCGCCAAUUCAAAUGAAAGUAAAGAAGAUAGCGUUUUAAAUGAAAAAACUCCUGGUGAGGAUGUCAUAUGUAUCAUUGAAAAUUCAUGUGACGAUUAUUCGAGAAGUCUAUUAUUGAAAAAGUGCGAAAAUGAUAAAGAUAUGCCAAAUGUGUCAAAAGAGAGCAGAAAAGAUAUAAACAAUAGAUAUUCCGAUAGUUUACGACGUAAUAGUUUACCACAAAAACCUUCACCUAACCCCGUAUAUAUAGAUAAAAUAAUGUUGAGGAAGACUAAAAAAAGGAAAAUAAAAAUCAAAAAUGCACCACUAAAGGCUGCAUCUACUCUGAGUCAUAAAAAAAUGUUUAAAACUAAUUUAACCAGUAGUUUGAAAAAAUCUUCGAAAGUACGUAAAUCCAAAUCGUACGUACGUAAAUCAAUUGGAACAACUGGAACUCAGAAAUUAGAACAAAAUAUAGGGAUUGAAAAUAACUUUGAAAUAAACGGGAAUGUCCCCAAAAAGUCCGAUACUGUCGAAUCAAUUAACGUUUUUUCGAUUGAAAAUGAACCUUUUGACAUAGAAGACCAGUUGAUUGGGUCAGUUAUAUCAAAAUCGAAAUUAAGUGCACCUGUUAAGGACUUCGAUAUAUCUGAGCCUAAGGAUAUAACGGUUGAAAUUAAUGGCAAAGGCGAAGAAAAAGAAAAUGACUUAAAUAAAUCGCAAAAAGUCAUCAACGAAAAACAGGAAGCGAAUAAUAUGAAAUCUGACACCGAAGUUGGUGAAAUUAGUUUUGAAAACGAUUUUAAGGAACAAAGAUCUAACACAAAUAAUGAUUAUAGUACAAAAAAUUAUAAUGGCAAAAACGUUCCACGUCGCUUGUACAAAAGGAGAAGUACAUUUAAAAAACCCAACGAUGAAACCAACGAUGAAAUUAAAACUCUUAAAAAAGCUACUACAAAGGAAGGUUCGAGAAACAAAUUGAGUAUGAAUUCACCAUUUGUAAAUAAUGAUGGUUUGCGUGACGAUAACGUGACAAAAAUCUUAACCACAGAAAACGGUUCUUCUAUAAAACAAAAACAAACAGUUCAUAAUGAAGUUAUAGAUCUAGAUAAAGUGUCUGAUGCGAGUGUACCUCCAAUCGAGUUUACGAAUUUGUUACCUGUAAACAAAAAUGAUAAAGUUGAAAAUUGUAAAUAUCGAAGUCAUAAAAAUUUUACUUAUAGAAAUGGAGUUCAAAAAAUUUACAGUGAAAUAAAGGACUUAAACCAAGUAACAUUUGAAGAAAUUUCGUCCAAAAAAUCAACAAAGAUAGCUCAAAAAGCAUUCCGUGUCGUGUUGCCUGACGGAACAAUGUUUAAAGCCGUAAUUACAGGAAAAAAGAAUUACGAUGUCAAUGAUUUAAAAAUCAAUUCAAAAAUUAAAUUUCUAUUAUUGGAUAAUUUCUUUAACAACAAAAUGACUUCCUCUAGUAAAGUUCUCCAAAAGAAAUCAAUCGGGGUUUCUACGACAAAUAAAACCUUGGAAAAUACAAAUGAGGUGGAAACAAUAGAUUUAAUAAGCGAUGAUGAAAUAGACUCUGGUUUAACUGUACGAACAAACUCCGGCAAUUUCUUAAUACGUUCCUUGGAUAAAGAAGAUUUUGAAAAACAUAGAAAGAAAUUGGCUAGUAAAUGUUCUGUGACAUUAACGAGAUAUUCUGUAGAAGAAUUAACUGCAUUAAAUAGAAGCAUAAGAGAUCCAGAAUCGUGUGGCACAGAGCAAAGUAUUGCAACUUCAAAAGACGAACAAUUUCAAAAUAUUCAGAGAGGCGAAUUCGAACAAAUUGCUAAAACUCAGCUUCUUUUAUCUGAUAAAAACGUUUCAGAAACUAGCCAUUUGGAAAAUGUUUGUAAUAAUGAUAAUACACAGAUUGAUUUAGUUUCUGGAAAAAUAAAAAUGGAACCUACUACGGGUAGAAUUCAAAAUGUCCCGAAUGCUGUGAUAAUAAAUGACGAUAAUGACGUAGAACUAACUUUUACGUCAACUGAAGAACAAAAAGAUCUAAAUGGACCUCUUAAAAGAACACAACGGAACACAAACAAUUUUAAUUGUUUCAUAAAACUUGUCAGGUGUGAUAAUCUAGUGAAAAAAUACAACGUAUUAAAGCAGAAAUGUUAUGUAAAACUUGUGCGUUGCGACAAUGUUUCUUUUAAAGAGACAAGUCAAAUACCUCACCUCUUGGAAGAAGAAACAUUACCAGUAGAAGCAACAUUUUCUUACAAUGAAAGUUAUAGCGAUAAGAAGGAUUUAAAUCAAGACGACGCCGCGGAUUCCAAAAUGAAUGAUCAUGCAAUGCAUCCCUUAGUUGAAGAGGAGCAGGAUAAAUAUCAAUCGGAACUCAAACGAAGCACAUCUUGUUCAAUAUUAAUUGAUUUUUUAACAUGCAGAGAAAUAAUGGAUGAUAUUAUGAUGGAUGAAAACGUUAAUAAUGACAGUGCUGAACAAGAAUGGUUUGUUAAAUUACCUGUAUAUUUUGAAGUUAAUUGUUAUGCAGAAUGGUCAAUGACAAAACGUGAUUUAUAUCUGCAAUCUUCUAAUUCAAUGGAAGGUAUUCACCAAAAUCCUAAUAUGUUCUAUAAUAACAGUCCUAACUAUGUUGAAGUCUUGGAUUUUAAAGGUACUGAAACAGCAAAUGCCAAUUCUGCCCUUGAAAUACUUCCGACGUUUCAUGUUCAAAGUUUGUGUAAUUUGGCAUUACAGUUUUUCCAAAGUAAUUCAUUUUUAGAUUCGUUAUAUCCUAAAUCACAUGUCACCGCAAAAAUAACAAAAAAUGAUAACCCUCUACUAAAAAGAAAGUCAAAUAAUGAAUACAAAACAUCCAGUAACAAAAUAUCUAAACUCGAACACCAAACACCAUUGUGCGAAAAAAGUGCUAUUACUGUAGAAGUUAAAAACAAAAUUUGUGCAGUUACGGAUGAUAAUAUUGUUAUAAAAAAUUUAAAACCAGAAAAUGGCAAUGAUUUUGAUGAAACGGUAUUAGCGAAUAUAAGUGUAAAGCAAAAUAACAUUUACACAACCACAGGUAACGAAUUGUCCAGUCCCAAAAACGAAAACAUUGCUGAAAAAUUAUCAGGCCCAAACGGAAAUAUAUCAACGUUUUGCGAAGUUAAAGACACAGGACUAAAUAUUGAAGAGCAAAAAGAUAUUGAAUCCAAUCAAGAUUAUGAAAAUAUGGCUGGUCAUUCAAACAAUGCAAACAAAAUAAUGAAAACCGAACUUAAAAAAAUUGAUGUUUGUGACGAUGAUGAUACUGUUAUGAAAUUAGAAACGACCGCAACGACUAAUGCUAAUUCAAAAAUAUGCAAAGAAAAUUCAAAUUUGUCAGAUACAACUCAAAAUAUGUACGUUAAAUCAGGAGAUCUUUGUGAUACUUUCCAAAUAAUAGAAGAAAAAGAUGUCCCUGUCUCGCAUAAUAAUUCAGUAAAUCUUAAUCAGUCUCAAAAUAAAUUUAAUUUUAUUAAUACGGAUCAUAGUUAUUCAACGAUUAGCAAGGAUGUCAAUAAUGACUUAAAUCAUUUAAGUAGAACCGAGACCUGCCUUAAAGUUGAUAAUUCCAUUACUGAUGAUAAUUCGGAUUUCACAAAUCAAGAAUCUAAUGUAAUGAUCACCGAGGUUGAAAUUUCUUCAAAUUCAGAAGAACGAAAUAUUGUAACUGAAAGCAGCACAGAAGGUGCAGUUCUAGGAAAUAUUGAAAAUAGUAAUGUACUAAACGACCAAGUACCUGAAGAGACGUACAAUGUUCUCAGAAAUGUAACACUUGUUUACCAAGAUAAUGCGGAAAUUGUGUUAAAAGGCAUAGAGUAUGAAGAUCCUAUUGCUGGCACAUGUUACAUGUUUCCUUUGGAAAGUAGUACAAUAUUUUCCGAUGUAGUUAAUGAAGGCGAUUAUUUUUGUAAUGAUAAACAAGGUGAUGUCACAAAUAACGACGAUAAUAAGAUCCAAAUAAAAUCUAGUAACAUUGUUGAUGUACUAAGCGAUGAAAGUUUGUCAAUUAUACCACCUAUAAAAACAUAUUCAAGAUACAAGCAAGAAAACAAAAAGUAUUGCUUCGAUAAAUUAAGUAAAAGAGGUAUAAAACGUAAAAAUACUCGAGAUUGUGAAAUGUGUGAAAAACGAUACAGAAAAAGAAAAAACAUCGAUUAUUUAAAAGAUAGCGUUAACAAGCAAAGUAAUACAGCGUAUGGUAAAGAGUAUAAACGGCUAUUACAUUAUUUCAGUUCUAUAAAAUUUUCCUAUACAAGGUCAUUUGAUAAAGAACACAUUGACGUUCUGGAUUUACUCAGCGGUUGGCCCAUAACAGAAACAUACGACGUGCCAUUAUCUGUCACUGAGUCGUCUGAUAUAUUUAAAGACAAUUUUGAACAAACGUGUUUUCCGGAUCCUUUAAAACAAACACUGGAGCAAGAACUAUCCUCUGGUUAUAUUGAACCCAUAACUUCGGAUGAUUCUAGUGAAACUAAUUUCAGUAUGGGUUUUGGUGAGGAGUCCGGCAGAGUCAUACAAAAUUUAGAAAAGAAGGAUAAUACUUUAAAAUUUUCGGCUGCGACUCUGUCGGACGUAAAGCAAUCUCAGCCGUUUUUAGUGUCCAAAAAAUAUGUGGACUACGAAAAUUCAAAUGAGGUAUCUAAUUCAUCUAUGGAGGUCCAAAACAUUAAAUUAAAACCUUGCACUGAUUAUAUACAAUUAAAGGACAAGGUACGUUCGUAUUUUAAGAAAACAGCAAUAGAGUUGAAGUAUAACUGGAUGAGAGAUAAUUUAAAGGAUAAGGAUUUGAUGAGUUUCAAUGGAGAUAAUAAUAUUACAAAUUGCCUACUAGACUUUUACUUGUAUGAUUUUAUUGAACCUUCUCCAGUCGAAAGUAUUGUACAAGUUGUUCAAAUUGGUCAGCUACCAGUAAGUGCAGCUGCGCAAAACCCAGUUAGUUGUGAUCCGCGCGUAACGCAAGUUGCAAACGCCAGUCCCCCACAAUGUUCAGAAGAAAAUAGUUCACAAGACGAUUCCCAGUCACCAGUGAAAACAGAGUAUACAGAACUCACAACUGCAGAUCUCACUUUACCGUUAGUGGCAGACUAUAAUCGUCAUGAUUGUCAUAAAAUAACAGAACCUCAGGAACCUGCACAUUUACAUAAUAAUCAAGAAAUUUUGCAGUCUGAAUUUGGUUACUGUGGUAAAAUGGAUCCUAAAGAAGAUUAUAAUCACGACGAAGUUAAGGAUUUGAGUCUUAGGAAUAAAGAAUUGCAAAUGUUGGGAAAAGAAGACACAAAUAACUCAGUUUAUCAUUACGAUCCAAAUGUUGAUAAUGAAAGUCCAGAGUUAGAUACUCAGACGACUUUUUUUGAAUCAACUAACAAAGAAAAUAAUGUACCGGAAAGAACGGAUCAGAUAGCUCAUGCAAUGAGUGCCGCUGGUAUUACGUCAACGGUUGAGAACGAUCCAAAAGCACAUGCAUUGGUUAAUAUUCUGUCUGAAAAAUUACAAAACAACGUUGAUCCGACUCAAAAUCACGUAAACAGUUGCUCAAAUGCCGCAUCCAUUAACGCAGUAGCGUUGCAGCAAGCUUUAGCACAAAUUCUUCCUCCCCCUCUAAACCAAACGACUAGCGCAGAAACUGAUUCACAGACGCCGUCAAUAACACCACAAGUAUUGCAUAUCGUCCAAGGAAAAAAUGCUGAAGGUAAUCAAAUAACACUAGUCGAUAACCCCCAGCAGUCUGUUAUAAAUACACCGAAUGCUGCACCUGUACUGCAUAUUGUACAAAACAAGAGUUCAAACACAAAUGCAAGUUGUAACGGGACCCCUGUACAACAAACUAAUUCAUUCGGAGCCCUGUCUCUGGUGGAAACUGGAUUACAGCAAAAUGGCAAUCAACUCCUACACAUAGUCAACACUGGCAAUCAAAAAGACAACAAUACAAAUCAACUUCUUAAAAGGGUUAACCUUCUUGCUAAUGUUCAAGGUUCAAAUGAACAAAAAAUGUUACAAUUCGUUUGUAAAUCUACCGAUGGCAAAGCAAUUCAGCUAAAUGCCCCACAUCAAGGUAGCAUGGUUUUGAGAUUACAGCCCAUUGAAAACCAAAGUGUACACGAUGGCCCGUCAAAUACUGAACAACAUAGCCCAGCGCCUGCUGCAGCAAAUAAUACACCUGUUCAAGAAAACAUCAAUACACAACAAGAAAUUAAAUCUCGAUCUGUUUAUGAGGAAAACUAUGCUAAAUUUAUCCAAAAUACUUCGAGUAAAUCAAAUCCAGAAAAAGCCACAAGCCUUCCGAAAUUUAAUCAGGCGUUUGGCAAACCUGUAUUUCAAGAGGAAAAUCAAAAGGAAAACGAAAUGAAUAGUAACGACGCUCACUUACCAGCCGUGAAUUCAGUUGAUGAUACUCCUGAAACUUCUGAUAACGGUAUGAAUCUUGAUCACAUUGGGCAAAUCAGUAGCCCGCCAUUGUUGUUGCGAAAAUCACCUCAAACUUCGCAAGCCCAACCUAAUUUAGUUCAACAAAUUAAACAGUCCAUUUCUCCUAUGAAUAUUCAAACUAUGCACGGUGGAGUUAUUUAUACACGACAAAUACCUGUCAAUAUUGGCGGAGGACAGACAAUAAAUUUGAUAACAGUACCCAGUACAGAACUUAUAGAUGAUUCUAACCACAAACAACCUGAUGUCAAGUAUGUUAAUCAAGGUGAUAUUGUUGAACCAUCUAUAAUUAAAAUUGUGCCACAAACUACGUCUAACUCUGACUUGUCACCUGAUGAAACAAAUCAUAACGCUGGUACUUUAAACGAAGGUGCGCAAAAUACUCAAACUCAACCUGUUUUAACACAGAUGCGAAUAAAGUUGCCGAUGUUGAGUAAAGCACCACAAAUGGUAUCUGGUACGAGAGUAGUUAGACCAUCAUUUUUUCAAAUCCAAAGAAACGUCAUCGGAGGCGCCAACCAACCUGUUUAUCAACAGUUGGUGCUGACUGCUGCACCGCCUCUGGGCCAACAGACUAUCAGAUUACCACAAUCGCAAAUGACGAGACAAAUUAAAGUAACUAACGAAAGUUCCUCGGAAUCACAAUUGAGUUCAUCGACUCUCGAACAACUAAGAGAAUUUGACAUGGUACUGGAACAAGUCAAAGAAAGGAGCACGGUACAACCGAAUUCUACUACAAAUAACUCCAUUUCAAAACCUCACACUACCACGUCUAAUGACGCAAACGACGUCGCCUCAGCCGGACCGACAGCAACAGAGCCAACUCAAGUACUCUUUUCUACUGGAGCAAAUCAACAGUUUAAUGUCGCAUAUGGUAAUAGAAAAUCUACCGUUUCGACACCAACUACAUCAACGUUUGUCCGAUCCCCAGAUUCAUCAGUAACUGAAUCUCCCACUUCUUCGAAUAAUGUUCAAGUUUCACAAACAGUAACAUCUGCUACAACCUCCAACAGUACAUCUGUGCAACAAAGCAACCCAAAGCCAGUUAAAAUUAGUUCUAGGUCAAGACCAAGACCGAAAGCUUCGUCAAAUCCUCCAAACACAUUAAAAUUAAAUAAUGUGCCGCCUAAGCCCUCAACACAGAAGCCACUAGAAGAUGAGCAGACAACGCAAAGAAUACUGUAUAUAUUAGCCGAAUACAGAGAGCAAGUUGAGAAUUGUCCUGAUAAGAAUAAACCAGCGCCCCGUAGACGUACAAAUCCACCAUCCAAUCCGGGAUCCUCGAAGCGAAAGAAGAGUUCCAGUGGCUCAAGACGAUCGGGUGCUCGAGACUCGAGUCCCAUAAAUGGCGAUGACGCCAAUCGCACUAUGGGCUCAGAAGACAGCAGCUGCGGAACAUCACAGGGCGAUUGUAAUGAGAACUGUUUAGAAACGCCUUCGCCGCAAGACAGUCCACGUAAACUGCCAAGAAAGUUGUCGUUUGAAAACGAAACACCACCCCCUCAACCGCGACCGCAGUUGCAGCGUAAUGUGAUAGUUGCAGACGGCCAGACUAUCACUGUCGCCCGGGGACCGACGGGAAAACCCGCUACGGCCUUGCUAAUGCCGGCGAACUAUAUCCUGCCUGUCUCGAUGCUAAAGGGCGGUCAGCAAAUCGCUAUAGUCACAAAUCGCGGUCCAAAACUUUUAACCGUGAGCGGUGGCGAAGGUGGAACGACCGGUGCGUUACUGCUGCAACGGCUGAUCGGUCCCGCCGGGCUGAAGCCCAUGCUGGCCCGGCCCGGUGUGCGCCACGUGCGACUGCCCACCGCAGCGCUGCACAAUCUCCACGCGUUCAACUUCGCAACGGCCACGACGGUGCAACCGCCAGACAGCACGAUGUCGCCAGCUCCAUCAUCGACGCCCCCAGACCUGGUAGAAACUAGAGCGGCGGCUUCGCCGUGGACCGAGAAACAGACCCAAGACGUUAAGCCGGAGCGGAGUCCGAGUCCGGACGGGUCCCAACCUUGGAACGUUCCGACAUCGGCCAAUACGCAUGAAUACACCUACGAAGAGACCGUGCGCACCGACAACUUGGACAGGACCGUUCUUGACCCGAUCCCAGAUCGAUACAGUCCCGAUAUGGAGGCGCAAAGGAUCUUUGAUAAGAUGUUCGAAGUAGACAUGAAAAGGUCUUACGUUGUCGAUACUCAGGACGAUUCGCCGCGUUGCGGUUAUGAUAUAGACACGUCCGAUUGCGACGAUAAGUGCUACCAUCAGGUUGUGCAGAAAAGAGACAUUUCCUCACACCGACAACACAGAUUGACUCACGUGACCGCCGCAGCCCUGAGGCAUAAGUAUGCCAUAUUGGAACACGAACUUAGGCUGCAGAAAUCGCUAUCGGAGGAAUGUGAAGAUUUGGGUGUGGACUCGCCGUCUGCCUCGGAACUGUUCCCGGAGGCCGAGCUGCUGUUCGCCGGCUCUCCAGCACAGGACCACACGCAGGACCCGCACCCACACCGCCCGCACACACCUCCACCCAUUAUUAUUAACCAAAGCAUACCCCGACCUGACAUGGACGAUCAAAUUGCCACCGACCAUCUUCUCCAGCGCCCCGAUCUUCAGGAAGAAACAAACAGUGACCUGGCUAUGAACCUGGGAUUGGACGACGUCGGUAUUGUCACGGUGACUGAGAAUGGAGCCACUAUCACCUUGGAUCACGAGGAGUUUGCAAGGUCGCAUCCCAAUACCACCUUCCAUAAGGAACCAACCGAAGAAACGGAGAUGCAUCCCUAUACAGUAUCGGAAAUUAAAAGCCGUCACAUUACGUCGACAAUAUUCCAUGCUAGUAGAGCCCCGGCCACAGUACUGAUGGGCCCGCAGACGACUGUCAUCUCUCAGGCGAGUCACGACAGCCCCCACAUACAGCACAACAUCAGAUACACACACAUGGACAACAUCAUCAACGCGCCGGUCGCACAACAACACAACCUCAAUCUAUCGACCGUACUCGUAAAAGAUGACGGUCUAACGAGGUACGACAGCAUCCUGACUGACUCCAGGGAACUGCAUCUCUCCAACACCGCCUCGGCCAUCGUCCACUCGGUCGGCAACGCCACACAAGUCAUCAGAAGAGUGGGCUACGAUGAUGAAAAACGAGAUCCGAGAUUCCUCAUCGACGAUCCUGACACAUUGAUGGGCGGUGACGACGCGAAAAUGAUGGGAGAAGACAGCUCGAGGGAGGCGUUCGAAUCCAUGUCCGGCGACGUGGACUACGAUCGAUCAUCUCCGGAGCGCCAGACGGAACUGUACUGGGAAUCCAACUCUGUGGCGGAUCGUUUGGAGAGCAGACGACCGAUGGAUUUUAGCAGCGACAGCGAAAAGUGUUGCAAGAGCCCGCCGUACGAGGAGAACAACUCCACUGACUCCAGCGGCAUGAGCACGCAAGUGAGACUGGACUCGGUGAUCAAGGACGCGAGGGGAAUAGACCGCAGCGGCAGCGCAGACGGCUCCUCGGCCGACGACGCGCUCCCGCCGCUGCGCACUUACCCCGCCAAGCGGGUGUACCACCACCCCGUGGACAGGGAGUCGGGCAGGAGUCUGUCGGGGAAGACGAGAGCCGGCGAGAGGCUGGACAGCCUGGAUGUGCGGCGGCGAGCGUCCGGCCGCGGCGUGGUGAAGCGCUGCUGUCAUUGCUGCUCCGGCUCGCCCCUGCCGCCGCGCCCCAAGAAGCCCAAGCCGAGGAAACCCAGCCUAGACUACAGCAUGCACUGAACACGACACACCACUUGUAUAAAGCCAAACAUACGACCAGACUGAACGAUGAUCUCAUUCGCGUGAGGUUCCAUUUUCUAGUUUUAAUAUAGUGUUAAAAAAAAGAAAUUGUUAAACUUGUUUUGUAUAUAACCUUGUGUUGCUAACUUCCGCGACUGUCCCUUCUGUUGAUUAGCUUAAGCCGUUUCCUUUAAGUGUUACGAGUGAAUAAGUUGCGGUCUGUCACCGGUCAGUUCAAAUCUUUUGUACGCUUCUUGAUGAUAUCUCUAUCACGGGAGGCAUUUUAAUUGUUAUUUUUUUUUUUUUAAUUCUUGUAAUAUAUUCAUUAUAUAUAAUAUAUAAAAUUCUAGACGAUUGUAAAAACUACUUCUGUAGGUAUAUCUUGAUUGUAGGUUAAGUGUUUCCUUUAGCGAUUACAGGCUAUACUCAAAUGUGAAUUUUAUAUAAUAUCUAGGAAUUAGCUACUACUAAAUGAUGUUAAAUAUGGCCCCUUCUUGAUGUUAGACUGAAUAAAUUUUCUCCUUAGUAUGUUUCACACUAACUUUUGAAGCAAAUGUUUUAUAUUUUGUUUUUCUAUUUUGUAUUAGUCUAAUACUGUAUUAUAUUCGUCUAGGUGAUAAGUCUAGGUGACUUCCAUUGUGAUGCACAAAAUCUAUCGACCUGUUAUAAUUCCAGAUUUAAAUGAGUGGAUUUUUUUUUUGAGCCAGAAGAAUCUUUUCGACGCGACUGUACCAAGAAAAUAUAUUUACGAUGAAACGGUUUGCUAUAACUUCUUUAUAAUUUAACUUACGGCCGAUAUUUGACAUGAUGUUAUUUAAGGUAUUUGAUUUUUUUUUUAUAUCCAUAGAUUAAUUUAUAUAUGUAAAUAAAUAACCCGCCCAGUUCGCUUUCGGGGAGCGUCUAGUCACUACUAUAUAUGUCAGUGUUGCGGCGGAGAGCGCACCGAAUACUGACUUUCAGUAUUCAAUCUGCUUCUGUAUAUAAUAUAUAUGCAGUUUUAGAUAAAAUAUAUAACUAAUCUACAUAGCUGUAUUCUUGAGAAAGUUAAUUUGACUUUCUCGUUGUAUAUAAGAGAGGGGAAUGGGGAAGAAAUGUUAAGAUUUAGUGAAUUUAGUAAUAACGGGCGCAUUUAUAGCAAAUUGUCAAAACCCGAUAUCAUAAGGCGGGUUUAUUAUGAAUAUUAAUUAGAGGACGAUUUUAAUAAUAGGUUUUGCCAUGGUGGAGAAAAUAUUUAAAAUUUAUUGAUUUAAAUCAAGGUCACUUGACUUAGUGAAGCUUUUAGCUUUACGUACAGUUUGUACCUUUCAGAUAUGUUAAGUUCUAUGAGGAAGAGUGAGAUAGUGUUAGUCUUACUGAGUUACCAUUAAUAUGUUUUAUGUCCAUCAGAAAUCAAGAUAUAAGGCAAAAGAAAUAAUAACAUAAUUAUGUUUAAUUAUUGGGGUUGUAAAACUAAAAAUUCAAAAUUUACGAGCCCACGUUCAUGGAGGCAUUUUAUUAUGAUUGAAGUUAUUUAUAUAAGCGUAUA